GGUUCAGAGAGUUCCACCCAUAAGGUUGAUUAGCUUGAUGGGCAAUCAACAACCCGACGGCAGGAGGCGAGUUUCUGCAGAAAACGGAGAUGUCUACGACGGCUGCUGGAAGAGUGGCAAGAAAAACGGCGAAGGAAGGUACACGUACGCAAACGGUGAUGAGUAUCAAGGUGGGUGGAGAGAUGACAUGAAGCAUGGACGAGGAGUCUAUAAACAUGCCAGUGGAGAGAGAUAUGAAGGAAAUUGGAUGAUGGACCAGAAGUAUGGCUAUGGUGUGUUAUCAUUGUGCGACGGCUCAAGGUAUGAAGGCAACUUUCGUGCAAAUCACCGUCAUGGUAUGGGCAAAAUGCUCUAUCCUGAUGGUCAUACAGAAGAGGGUCUAUUCAGCUAUGGCAUAUUAGUGUCAAACGAUGAGUUUCAAGUAAAUGUUGAUAAACUGGUAGAAAAUCAAUCAGAUAAUGCAACAGUAACUGAAGAUGGAUAAUUCUAGCAACAGCAUAGCAUUAGAGUUAUCACACACUUUCAAAUUGCUAUAUAGGGACCUAAAUUAUAGCAUAUUGAUAACAACAAUGAAAUGAUAUUAAUUAAGCACAAGUAUGUCUGCUUUUGUGGACAUCAGUCUGUGUAUCGCCCUUGAGUACGUUCUAAUUUGUGCAUAUUCUACAUACUACAUUUGCUCGUGA